AUGCCCUCACGACGCCUAUCUGGUGAUGUUACGGAGAGUUAUAUUCUACACCUAAUACAGUCAUCACCAAAGCGCGCUUCAACAUCUCCCAACACCGAGGACGGAAUUAUCCCUUGGGGCUUUGGAUUCGAAUUCGAGUCCUGCUUGCAGGCAAAGUGGCAGGAUGUUUUGGAGCAACAAGAAGCCCGCCUGAAAAAAUAUAGUCCAUUUGGCAUGGAUGCCGAUGAUGCAAGACAGCCCACACCAGAGGACAUGCGGGAAGCGUAUCGUCAAUUUAUCGAAAGUGAGCUGGACGACGUUCAUACGCCAUCUCCUUCGCCGAGCCGCGAAUCAAUGCCUCGUGGUCCUGUGCAGAGUGUCGAGUGUCGCAGACCUGGGUAUGAUAAUAACAGUCCGCACCGCGGCUCAGCGCCCAAGAACCGAAACGGCGGACACGGUAUUCGGACGGAAAGGAAGGAUGACAAGAUUGCGCCCGUUGGAAUCAAGAAGCGACGAAAGAGGGGUUCUGCGCGAUCUCUUCAGAAUCGGUCAUCUACUCACCCCAUGGAAACUAGAUCUCGAAAACGGGCGACGAUUAGUACAUGA